AUGGAAACGGUCAAUAGUCGACCUGAAUCAAUGAUUUUUCAAACAGAAGAUUCUGGUGAAACAAAUCCAAAUGAUGCAUCUAUUAAAAAAUCUACAAUGAAAGAUGAAAUUUCAUCAUUAUCAUCAAUAGAUAGUAUUAAUGAUAAAACUAUUAGUCCUAAUGAAAAAGAUUCUCCAUUAGGAAAUAAUUUAACACCAUCAGUAUCAUCGACAACAACUGAUAGUGAUUUAGAAAGUGAACAAGGUGAUUCUAUUCGAUCGGAAGAAAAAAAAAAUGAUAAAAAAAAUCGAACACGUGUACCAAAACGUGUAAAAUAUUUUCGUAAAUUAUUUACAUCUGAAAUACCAGAUGAUAUGCCAGAAUUACUUGAUUAUUAUGUCUGUGCAUAUCAAGGUGAUAUAUUAUUACAAGGAAAGAUGUUUAUAACAGACCGUUAUCUUUGUUUUUAUUCACGUAUUAUAAAUUAUGUAACAAAACAUGUUUAUCGUUGGGAAGACAUUUGCAAUAUUACAAAAGAACGUGUUGCAUAUAUAUUUCCAACAGCUAUUGGUAUUAAAUUGAAAGAAUCAAAAAAGAAAGUUCUUUACGCAUCAUUUCUUUCACGUGAUGAUGCUUAUGAAAAAAUAGCAUCCGUUUGGUUACGAUAUACAAAUAAUAAAAAACCACUGGGCGAUGAUGAAGGUGGUUUCACAUUGAAUGAAGCACCAAAAUUAAUAAAUAAAAAUCUUAUAAUAAAAAAUGCAAAACAUAAUUCACGGGACUCUAUUAACGGAUCUGAAUCAGAAGAAGUUACAGAAGUAUGUUUAGAUGAAAAUGAUAAUAAUAGUGAUAAUGGUUAUAGAAGACGAGUUAAAUCGGUCUCACCAAAACUUGGUGAUGAAAAACAAAGACCAACAACAUUAGUUAAUACACACAGAGACAAAUUAGUUGAAAAAAAUCCGAUUCUUAAUCAAAAAUUACCAAAUCGGUUAGAUGCAAAUAGUCCUAAUACAAAUAAACCUUCUCGAUUUUCACGUCGUUCAAAAAAGGAACAAAAACAAAAUGAUAUAACACAAAGGAGCAGUUCUUUGAUAACUCGUCGAACACAAAAUAUUCCAUUAGAAGUACAACCAACUCCAGUUAUUAAUCAACCAGUAUCUCUACCAGAACAAACCUCAUCUGAACCAAAUUCUUCAUCAGCUUUAAUUCCAAAUAUUAAUCCACCAGUACCACAACAAGAUGAUAGUGGAUUUCCAACAAAAAUUUUCAAUAAAACUAUUUCUAUUAUUAAUUUAAUUAUUCAACCAAUAUUGUCAUUAUUUCAUCAUUUUCAUAUGCAUCCAACUAAAGCAGCUACUUUUAUUUUAUUAUUUCUAACAAUAUUAUUUUUUCAUUCAUUUUAUUUAAUUGUAUUAGCUUAUCGAGUAGAAAAUCGUUUACAAUCAUUACAUAAUUUAUGGCCAUCAUCGUUGAUGAAAAACUCAUUGUAA